CACACGGAAAGAGAGCAAGUCAUUUCACUGUCACUCGCCCGAAUCAGCAAAGAAGUGAAGAUGGCCGAAGUCCCUGACCUCUUUGAAGACCUGAAGAACUGUUACAGUGAAAAUGAAGAAUACAGUUCCGAAAUUGACCAUCUGUCUCUGAACCAGAAGUCCUUCUAUGAUGCAAGCUAUGUACCACUUCAUGAGGACUGCAUGGAUCAAUUUAUGUCUCUGAAUAGCUCUGAAACCUCUAAGACAUCCAAGCUUACCUUCAAGGAAAAUGUGGGGAUGGUGGCAGCCAACGGGAAGAUUCUGAAGAAGAGAUGGUUGAGUUUAAAUCAGUUCAUCACCGAUGAUGACCUGGAAGUCAUUGCCAAUGAUACAGAAGAAGAAAUCAUCAGGCCCAGAUCAGCACAUUACAGCUUCCAGAGCAACAAGAAAUACAACUUCAUGAGGGUCAUCAUCAACCAGUGCAUCCUGAAUGACGCCCUCAAUCAAAGUAUAGUUCGAGAUCCGUCGGGUCAAUACCUCAUGGCUGCUGCAUUAAAUAAUCUGGAUGAGGCAGUGAAAUUUGACAUAUGUGCUUAUACAUCGGAAGAGGAUUCUCAACUUCCUGUGACUCUAAGAAUCUCAAAAACCCGACUGUUUGUGUGUGCUCAAAACGAAGGCGAACCCGUAUUGCUAAAGGAGAUGCCUGAGACACCCAAAACCAUCAAAGAUGAGACCAAUCUCCUCUUCUUCUGGGAAAAGCAUGGCACUAUAGACUACUUCAAAUCAGUUGCCCAUCCGAAGUUGUAUUUUGCCACAAAGCAAGAAAAACUGGUGCACCUGGCAAGGGGCCUGCCCUCUAUCACUGACUUUCAGAUAUUGGAAAACCAGCUUUGACUGUGGAGUCUACUUACUUGUGAAGUGUUGACAAUCUGUAUGUACCAUGUACAUGAAGGAGUCAAAUCCUGCACUCUUAGUCACUCGCUGAGCAUGUGCUGAGCGUUGGUAAUUCUAAAUGAAUAUUUACUCUCUCUCUAAGAGAGGGCACAAAGUCUAAUAGAACCAACACUAACAUAUAAUGUUGCUUGUUAUUUAAAGAACACCCUAUGCUUUGCAAACUACCAAUCAUUUUAAUUAUUAUUAUGCAUACACUCUUGGGAGGGCCAGGGCUACUGACCGUGGCUACCAAAAAGGCUCUACCCAUAUUACAGAUGGGUUAACUAAGGCAUAAGAAUACUAAGAAAUACCCACAAUAGCAUUUGGAAUGAGAAGCCAUGGACCCAGGAUUUCAUUCCAACUGCUUAGCUUCUGCUUUGAAGUUGCUGAUGGACCCUUUAUCAAACACUGUACGUUUCUGGGACCUCAGUUUGAUCAUCUUCAAAAUGGAGGGAAUGAUGGCUAUAUCCUUCCUGUCUCAACAGUAUUUUAUGCCAAUCCGUGAGCUCGUUUUAGUAAAAUACUUCUUGAAGCUGAGCCUCAAGAAGAAGGCAAAGGAUGAAAUGUUAUUUAAAAUUAUUAUUUAUUACACUUAUAUAUUUAUAAAUAUUAUUUCUAAGAUAAUUGUAACAUAUUAUUAUAUUUAUGGCAAUUCUUUGCAAUCUGUGCCCGUGUAUUUUCAACAAUAGUAGACAGUGUUUUCCAGGAUGAAUGAGUUUCAGGUACUAAGGCACUUUGAUCCAAGUUGUGCUUUUUCCAUUGCUGUGAAGCUCUGUAUUCCAGUACCUGGGAGUUCUGUAAUU